UAUUAGACACAGACAUCCUGUUGAAUGUUCUUAGAGCGUGCGAUUUGCAGACGCGUUCAUUCAGGGAUUUAGACUUUAUUGACGGAAGGUUGCUUGGCAGAGAAGGAGAAAAUGAGCUGGCAGGGGAGCCGGUGAGAAGGAUCCUUCGUGCAAGAGAAUAAUUUGGCUUCAGCUCUGAGGACAAACUGUUCACAAUGUCAAUCAAAAAGGAAGGUGCCCACAAGAAGUGGGCUGCCCUGAAGGAGAAACUUGGACCCCAGGAAACAGACCAGUCAGAGGCCAACCUGGAAAAUGCAGAGCCGGAGCUGUGCAUCCGUCUCCUGCAAAUGCCAUCAGUGGUGAACUACUCUGGGCUGAAGAAGCGGCUGGAGAACAGCGAUGAUGCCUGGAUGGUCCAGUUCCUGGAGCUGUGUGGGCUGGACCUCCUCCUGGAGGCUCUGGACAGGCUGUCUGGGCGAGGAGUGGCCAGGAUUUCUGAUGCCUUGCUUCAGCUCACCUGCAUUAACUGUGUGCGAGCGGUCAUGAACUCCCACAAAGGCAUCGAAUACAUUGUAAGCAAUGAGGGCUACGUCAGAAAACUCUUCCAAGCACUUGAUACAACUAAUGUCAUGGUCAAAAAGCAAGUAUUUGAGCUCCUGGCUGCACUGUGCAUUUACUCAUCAGAUGGCCACGCUUUGGCUUUGGAUGCCCUGGACCAUUACAAGAGUGUGAAGAACCAGCAGUAUCGGUUCAGCGUCAUAAUGAACGAGCUCUCCAACACAGAUAACGUGCCAUACAUGGUGACACUGCUGAGUGCUAUCAAUGCCAUCAUACUGGGGAAAGAAGAGCUAAGAACAAGGACGCAAAUCAGAAACGAGUUCAUAGGGCUUCAGCUGUUGGAUAUUUUAGACAAGCUAAGGUAA